CGGCCGCAGGGAACGCGCGCGGGGCGACCCCGCGUCUCUGGCCUUGUAGCCAUUUUAGGAGGAAACCCGGGUCGCUAGCCCGGGGCGUGGCUUCAAUUUCAAUAACUUUAUUGGUGGCCUUAUCCGCAGAACAGCCAUCGCACCAUUGGUCCCGGGAGGAGGCAGAGCAUCGCGGGAGCCCCGUGUUGUUCCGCACGGCAGGUGGCCCCCGACUCGAGCUGCACCGCCAUGGGAAACACCACCAGCGACCGGGUGGCCGGGGAACGCCACGGCGCCAAGGCUGCGCGCGCCGAGGGCGCCGGCAGCCAUGCCCCGGGCAAGGAACAUAAGAUCAUGGUGGGGAGCACCGAUGACCCCAGCGUCUUCAGCCUGCCGGAUUCCAAGCUCCCUGGGGACAAAGAGUUUGUAUCAUGGCAGCAGGAUUUGGAGGACUCCGUAAAGCCCACACAGCAGGCCCGGCCCACUGUUAUCCGCUGGUCUGAAGGAGGCAAGGAGGUCUUCAUCUCUGGGUCCUUCAACAAUUGGAGCACCAAGAUUCCACUGAUUAAGAGCCAUAAUGACUUUGUUGCCAUCCUGGACCUCCCUGAGGGAGAGCACCAGUACAAGUUCUUUGUGGAUGGACAAUGGGUUCAUGAUCCAUCAGAGCCUGUGGUUACCAGUCAGCUUGGCACAAUUAACAAUUUGAUCCAUGUCAAGAAAUCUGAUUUUGAGGUGUUUGAUGCUUUAAAGCUAGAUUCAAUGGAAAGCUCAGAGACAUCUUGUCGAGACCUUUCCAGCUCACCCCCAGGGCCUUAUGGUCAAGAAAUGUAUGUGUUUCGAUCAGAGGAGAGAUUCAAAUCCCCACCCAUCCUGCCUCCUCACCUUCUCCAAGUUAUUCUUAACAAGGACACUAAUAUAUCUUGUGAUCCAGCCUUGCUCCCCGAGCCCAAUCAUGUUAUGCUGAACCAUCUCUAUGCAUUGUCCAUUAAGGACAGUGUGAUGGUCCUUAGCGCAACGCAUCGCUACAAGAAGAAGUAUGUCACUACUCUGCUGUACAAGCCCAUCUGAAGGGAUUCCUUCCUGCCUCCCAGGAUUCAGGAGAAGCAUCUCCCUUGCCUUUCUGGACUAGACCAGUCUUACCUGGGCCUGGAAGGCUGAUUUGCUUUGAGGCUAAUAUGUGUGUUUCAGAGCCUCUGAGUAGGAUGCUCUGCUUUUGCAUUUGAUUGCAAAUGAGAGCUUUAGGAGUUCAUGGAAUUUAUUUUAAGAAAAAAUCAUAUACACACACACACACACACACACACACGAGAGGAAAGUUAAUGGAAGCCUCCUAGCUAGAUGUAUUCUCUCUGCCUGUGGGAACUCACCAAGAUCUGUUGGGGAGAGCUGCAGGAAGAACCAUUACAGGAAGCUUUUUUCCUAAAGUGAAUGAAGAGCAAACUCUCAGGAUCCUUGUUGGGUGGAGAUUCUAUCACUGCUACCUUGGCUCUCCAAGGGAUGGACUUGUGCCAGAGUGCUGCCCUACUUACAGCUGCCUCCUUGCAGGAGCAGCUUUUCUUGCAUGGGUUCUCUGUAUUCCCAGAGUAUGUGCACAAUCUGUGUUUUUUUUAUGAUACCAGGUACCCCACAAGAACCCUUUUUCCUCUCAUUUCACAUUCUUGCUUUGUUAACCUCCUUCAGAUCCUAUAUCUGACUCUUGCCUAACACAAAACUCAGUGGGUAAGUGACCCCUUUCAAAGGCUGUGUGAGGGCUUCCCUGGUGGCGCAGUGGCUGAGAGUCCGCCAGCCGAUGCAGGGGACAUGGGUUCGUGCCCUGGUCCGGGAAGAUCCCACA